UCCGGAGCACGCGAUGACGUUUACAAAGGGGCGGGCUUAGCGUUAAAAUAGGAAGUCGUUUACAUUUUGAUUUGUUUUUGUUUUGUGUUGUUGUUUUUGUUCACCUAUUUUAAAAGUUGAAUCGCUUAAAUAUGUUCAUUUACAUACGUUUCACGAGCUAGCUGCUAGCAGUUAUCCUUUUGGAGACCUAAACUAUUAAGCGUGGCGUCACGUCGCUUUGAACGUUUUCGUGGCGCCACAGAGGUUGGUUAGCUUGGUGCUUGCUAACCCACCGUUUCGCCAAAUGCGUGCAACUUGUGGACUUUAUUUACCAAACUGUAUGGUCUAGUCAGGCUAUAUAGUGAAUAUUAAAUCCUUGGAAGACAUUUGUAAGCUCAAAUGGAGGCGUGUUUGGGCUCGUUGCUGAAUUCGGACCUCAGCUCUGUUCUGUCGGUGUGCGAGCCGGAGCUCCAGGAGCUGAUGCGGCAGAUCGACAUCAUGAUGAGCCAGCAGAGGAGCGAGUGGGAGGCGCAGAUGCGGGACGUCCAGCUGCGGCUGAAGGGUAGCCAGGAGGAGAUGUCCGCUUCCAGGGUGCUCCUCCAUCGCAAGGACCUGGAGAUCGGGGUUCUCCGCAAGCAGCUGCAGGAGUCCCAGACCGGACGACAGGACCUGGCAACCAAGUACGAGAAGCAGCUGGGGAAAGUCAGCGACGAGUUGGACAAGUUAAAGCGGAGUUAUCAGAAGCUUGAACGCAGACGUGUGAGGAAGUCCAACAGUGAGGAAUCAAAAUCCAAAGAGGAGGACGAGUCUGAAGUCAGGAUGCUCAAUGACAAGCUUGAGGAGUACAGUCAGAGUUUGGUCAUCUACCAGAAGCAGCUGGCAGAGUUGGAGGCCCAUAAGAAGAGUCUGAAUGAUGAGCUCGCACACGUCAAAGCGCAGGGUGCAUCCGAGCGCCAACACGCCACAUGCUGCUCCGACGUUCAGCAUAUGCGCGCUCAGCUGGAAAAAGUUCACCAUGAGCUGCACACGCAGGAACUCGAACGGGAACGCUUGCGAGCCCUGGAGAACCCGCGCUUGGCAAACGACCGCAGGGAGCAACAGGACAAAGCGGAGGAGAUUGCAAGGCUUCACAAUGAUGUUGGCACACUCAAACACGUGCUGCACGACAAAGAGCAAGUCAUACGGUCAUUAGAGGAGCGUGUGGCGUGUCGCGACUUUGCCGGCGCGGAGAAGCUUUGCGAGGAUCUCGAGAGGACGUCCGCAGAGCUCGACCGCGCUCGCACGUGUGAGGCUCACCUCAACAGCCAAGUGAUGCGACUCAAACAGAGACUGGAGGAGAUGAGCGUCCAGCACAUGAAGUCGGGACAAGAAGCCAAGGUGCUAAAAGAUGCCGUUGAUUCUUCAGUAGCAGAAGUCAAAAAGCUGCGAGAGGAGCUGUCGAGGGCGGAGCAGCGGCACGGUGAAGAAGUGGACGUCAUGAGGAGGCAGGCCGAUGCGUCGCCUGCAGCGUCGCUGGCCUCCCUCAGGGAAAGCUGCGUGACGGAGCAGGACCACCCGCAGCUGAGGCCAGAGCUCGCGCAGACGCCUCGCCCUCCCCAGUGGGCCGCGGGCGGUGACAGGCCGGCGCCACACGGACACGCCAGCGGUGACAAUUCCAAGACCCCUGUGGAAAGCGGCGAUGUCGGCGAGGGGACUUCCUACGAGGGCGACAUCCAGAAUGUGUUCACUCAGCUUCGCUCGUCGGGCUCUCGGAGGCCACCCAGCAACAGGAGAAUCUCUGGCGAGAACUCUACGCCGGCCGACCACACUCCAGAGGGAUGCAGCUCCGCCUCGCCUUCGCCGCCGGUGAGCAGUUGCAAAAGUACAGCGAACCCCCACUUACAGGAUGUUCGCCCGGCGUCUCCUCCGGUGGACGCCACGGUGUCUCGCUUCCUGGAUGAGGAGAGGUUUCACUCCAAGGAGCUUCUGCACAAGCUGGACACGCACAUCCUCGGCAUGGGCGACAGCAUCGCCGCCAGCAUAGCCAAACGCCUCAACGCCAAGUCCUUGUGAAGGUGGAGGGGAGGGGGGAAAAAAAUAAAAUAAAAAAAAAUCCA